AUGGCUGCUUGGGAGACAAAAGAGCAGCUCCAGGAAGACUUCCAUCUCAGUGAAACGUGCUUCGUUGGCAGGAAUCUGGUAAGAUAUUUGGCAAGGCUUCAGCUAGACUGUAUCAGAUCCCUCUGGCAGCAUUACACCAAAGCCCAGGGGUGCAUCUUAACAGGAGAAUCGGGAUUAGGGAAGAUCUCAGCAAUUCUGGCCUUUGUGUCAGCAAUUCAUUCAGGGGAGAAAAUCCUCAUUUUCUGCAAAAACCCAAUUGGAAUCAAUCACUGGAGGUACCAAUUGGAAGUAUUCCUCCGAAAUUCUUCAGUUUCCCAAGAUAUUCUCUUCAUAAGCCCGGACAUUUUGGCAGAUGUCUCAGAACAGCUUUCCGGGAAGAUUGUUCAGUAUCUUGUGAUUGAUACUAGACACUCAGGAGCUCUCUCCUUGGUUGAGAUGUCAAGAAUUGAGAGAAUUCCCUGCAAAAGACGAGUAUUUCUAUCAAAUCUCGAAGUAGGCAAAGACCUCGAUUCCCUCCGGAAGAUCCUCAAAUGUGUGGACAAAAAGUGGCUGGGAUUGCUGAGAGACGAAAUUGACAUUCCCCUGAUGCUGAGUCUUACAGAAAAAUUCACUGUAAGGCUGUUGAAAAAGGAUUAUGCCUCAGAAAUCCCUUUCCGGAAUGACAAAUUGUACAGGAAGGGCUUUGAGGAGUGGGAAGGAAAUCCGGGGGAAAAGACAGCAGAUAUCCUGAGUCAGGAAUCUGAUUGGAAGAUUCGGCUAAAAGAUAAGUUUUUCGCAGAAUCUCCUCUGAAAUCCGAUUGUGGAACGCCAGAUCUCAUCUUUUCGGAAGAUGAAAUCAUCAAGACUUCCUCGAAGAUCAUUGAUCCUCAGCCUGAAUCCCAGGACUCUGAUGAUCUCAUUAUUCCCGCAUCUCCAAUUGAGAGUCAGCCUCUGUUCCGACGAAGGCCACUGAGGAAGAGAAUUUUGAGUACACAAACUUCCCUGGAGUCCAGAACGUCCCAGGAACAGCCUCCGCAGGCAAAGAAGCCAUCCGGAAAGGUGACUCCGAAUCUCUUUGACAGUUCUGACGAGGAGGAAGCUGUCAAUGAGGAUUCCAAGGAGAAAAAUGCCCUGAAUACGAGCACUCCUCUUUCAAAUGGAUCCCAGAAGGAAUUCCUGAUUUCUCAAUCCCCAAUCCCACCUCCCAGUCGCAUUCCCCGUCCCGAGGCUCCUGAUUCCACUUACGAUGGAACAGAAGUCUUCGAGAUCACCACAAACCCUACCUUCUCCCACCAAAUCCGAGUUUCUUCCAAGCGGGAAGUCUCCCCGCUCUCCCCAACUCCAAGAACCCCGGAAACAGCCAAAGACAUCCCCAGCACGAGCGGAAAAUGGAAGAAGAGCUCAACCAAACGCGAAGCAGAUAAAACAGAAACUCCGCGGAGCAGCAAAAAGUCUUCCGGAUGGCUCUGCAAAGUCAGUCCGAAGAGAUCUCAGCAUCAGCGUCUAACCGCCAGAAAUCUCUCAAUUACCUUUGAGGUGCGCAAAAGGGAAGAGCAGGAACUGAUAGCAGCCUUCGAACGCCCAAUUCUUACCCAGGAAGAUGAAGAAGGAUUCCCCAGGAAGCGACGACGCUUGAGAGAACUCCUUCCGUCUUCUUCAGAGGAAGAUCUCUAG